UUCCCUUAAGACGCUCUUAUGGUUUUCUUCUCUCUCCCUCUCCUCUUCGCUUGCAUUUUGUUUUCUCUCACUAGGGGUUUUCUGGCAUUUCUCCGGAAUUUCAGAUUCAACGUCGUAGUUUGCCGGAUCAUUCACAGCUCUUGUUGCUUAUUGAAUAGUUUCAUCUGAUACUGGGCACUAGCUCAGAUUUGGUUCUCAUCACCUGUUGAUACCAAUGAGGAAAUAGAGAGGCAGUCACAUAGCAGUGGAGCAUGAAAUCCCACUCUCCUUGGAGCACAGCCAGAAACCCAGUCAAGUUCCGGAUACCAACAGCAGAUAACCUAGUCCCGAUACGCCUGGACAUUGAAAUUGAAGGCCAGAAAUUUAGAGAUGCUUUCAUCUGGAACCCUUCUGAUCCUGAUUCUGAAGUAGUGGUGUUUGCAAAAAGAACAGUGAAAGACUUAAAGCUGCCUCCCGCUUUUGUCACUCAGAUUGCUCAAUCCGUACAGACACAGCUAACUGAAUUUCGCUCCUAUGAAGGGCAAGAUAUGUAUACUGGCGAGAAAGUUGUUCCUAUCAAGCUUGAUCUUCGUGUUAACAGUACUCUUAUAAAAGAUCAUUUUUUAUGGGAUUUGAACAAUUUCGAGAGCAAUCCUGAAGAAUUUGCCAAAACAUUUUGCAAAGACAUGGGCAUUGAAGAUCCUGAAGUUGGACCCGCAAUUGCAAUUGCCAUACGAGAACAACUUUAUGAGAUUGCUGUACAAAAUGUGACUUCAGCCCGUGAAAGCAGAAUAAACAAGAAAGGCCGCAGGGGGCUCGAACAUAGCCAGGCCAGCAAGAACAGUGGGAAUGCUGCGGACUUAUUUAAGUUGUUUGGCAGCAAGUCCAGUGUAGUCAGAAAGAGGAAGGAGUGGGAUGUAUAUGAACCAAUGAUCGAUCUCUUAUCAAACGAGGAGGUAGACGCCCUUAAAGCUAAAGAAGAAAGAAAUGCUCGAUGACUUGAAACAAACAUAGGUGUGUUCGGUUGCUCAAGAUUAAAUUGUCCCCAAAUUGAAUUGAUACGAGAUUGCCAAGAUUAAUUGAGUCAUGUGCUAUAUUUUGUGGUUGCAGUAAAUUCUUAACAAAGUAACUGGGGUUGUGGAUUUGGGGAAUACAAUUGUAUUCCAAUUUGUUCUCAUUUUUAUCAAUGCUAUCUCGACUUUGAAAAUUUAUCA